UGACAGGGAGCAUUGCAAUCGAUAAAUUUCUAGGCAACAUAUUAUCAGUUUAAGCUCACCACUAGUCAGUUCUUUGUCAUCGCCCAACAAGCAGCUGGAUAAAACUUUUGGGGAGAGCUGCAUAUUUUCAGUUGAUGAAAGAAAAAGCUUUCUAUUUUUUCUUUUAAGAUUGUGCGAUUUCGUUUGGUUUUUUAAAAUAUACGUUAGGAAGUAAAUAAACCGAAACAAUAUACACGGCAGUAGCAAAAACCCUCUACUGAAAAUUGUAACGGGUGGAUGUGACGUUAAAGUGGCGACACAUAAAAAAAAUAUUAAACAAACAUAAGCAUUUCAAAUUAAAUAUUGUAGCGAUGGAUAUUUUGGACAUCGAUGAAGCGCUAAAAGAUGAUUCUUUUAUUUGUUUAGAAGAUAAAACACACGAUGACGUUUCGAAUAUUUUGCAGCAAUGGAAAAGCAACAAUUGUCUUCUACCAGCACAGUAUCAGCAAGAGCAAGCCUACAAACUCAAUUCAAGAACGUUUACUCGACCCCGCAGGAAGUCAACGCAAAAUCUAGAGCAACAUUUCUCUCACAGUUCCGGAAACAAUGGCGGACAGACAGUGCUUCCCACACACCAUGAACAGCUGCAACAAAAGUUCACAAUCGCAACUCCACAGCCCGCAUUUAAUUUAGAAAUAGGUGGUCUUGUUACAACAAUGCAUAAGUCGUUUUUGCAAGACACCUCACCGCCAUCAUCCAUUUGUUCCUCCAUGGAGAUGUCAAUGGAACGCAUGAAUAACUCAUUAAUCACAUCUGCCGACUUCACGAACAUUAACUUCUUACAAUCGACUCAAAGCCUUGAUUUCAACGAACCGACAUUUAAUGGCAGCGAAUUAUUUAACUUAGCGAAUAAGGCUACCAGCGAUGGUUAUACUUUAAGUGACAUGAUACGCGACCGUAAAGCAUUAGAAUCGUUAACACUGUCGGGUGAUGGAACACUAAUAAAAGAUUCACAUAUUUGCCAGAUCGAUGAUAUAUCGCUCGCUUUUAGUAAAACUGCGUCAGGUUCCAGUACAAUGGAUAAUUCCACUGAGAGCAUGCAAGAGGACAAUCAGCAACAGCAACAACGUAACGGUAUAAUAGCAACACCAAAUGUACACACAGUGGGCGUGUUUGACAACAGUGCGCCGGAAAGCAAAAGCAACAUUAUGCAUCGUACAAUGUUGCUUAGCGAUGAGGUGAUCAGUGAUACAACUUUCCAACUGGUUGAGAGUAGUCUAUGUGAGAACAAUAUUAAAGGUAAUGAUAACGCAGCACCAGCCAUGCCAACAAAACCAGCUAAUGAAACCUUCAAAAGACCCUGGAACAUGGAUGAAACUGUUUGUAUACCGAAUAGAGCAAAUGCAACAUACGAAUUCAAACAGUUAACACCAGAUGCCCGUUUAGCUGGGGAAACGCGUUGUGAGACACCGGAAAAUAUGGCGGAAGCUUUAACUUCACGCAAAUUCUAUGAAUCAACACCACAUGCUGCGGGUCUGAACGCAGGCGCACAACCAAAUACACCAACAACGUCGAAAUUGUAUGCGGAUGAGGUGAAUCUCUCGCCCAUAGUGGCUGCAACGGAGCAAUUGAAUGCCAAUGCCACGCGUGUGCUAAGUGAAACUUUCGGUCAAGAGUGUGAUGUAAAAAAAGUGAAUACGAAAACAUUUUCCGGCACGCUACCGCGACUUGAGAGUCUCGAACAAAUGCUAGAUGAUAUUGAAAAUCCGAAUGAGACCUACGAGAAACCCGGUGCAAAAACACAAGUGCUACAGCAAAGCGCAGCCGACAUACAAAUGCAGAAUGUGUUGGAAUUGGCGCAUGCCGAAGAGGAGCUUUUGGCUAGCAAUAACGAUCAGGAAUUCGAGGAUAUGCUGGAGGAGUUCAGCAAAGUGGAAGUCAAUGCGGAGCAUGUGAAAAUGAAGAAAUCAUUGGAGACAAUAAAAAGACGUUUUCAUCGCGACACCACAACUGUAACAAAAGCGCCAACUUUGCAACAGGCACAUAAAACUGACGAUGCCACUGAUAAGCCAACAGAUAUGCAUACCCACGACGCAUGCGAGCAACGGCGCAAUGCGGAUGCAGCUGCUAGCGUCAACAGCGAUUGUACAGCGCCUUCUGGCAUAUCGUCACCCUCACCCUCGUCCGCGUCAAUAUCCGUCUCUUCCGCAGCAUCUUCGUUGGCGGCCAGUGGUGUUGGUAAUGUCAGCGGCACAGGCGAACGGUUGCUUAGUCGGCGCAGUCGUCUUUAUGAUAAUAUAAAUCUCUCAACGAUUUCCGCCGGUAGCAGCAAUACGCAAUCGCCAUCACGCUCACUGGGUGCCUCGUUCACCGUGCAUAAACGAGAUGAUAGUGCACAAGAGGAUUGCGCGGCAGCUGAAGCAACAGCAAAGCAAGAGACUGAUUACAAAAAUGAGGUGCAAGAAAAUAAUUUUGGCAAGACUGAAGGCGCAAUUGAAAAUAGCAACACCAUAGCGGUUGCGAAUUAUAACGGUGUGGGCACAUAUAAACUCUCCGAACGUCGGGAGCGUGAUCGUGAUCGCUUCAAAACAAUCAAAAUCGUGAAAGCACGCAAUGCCGGUGAUGACUUCAUAGCAGUGAAUGUGCCUUGUAUUGAUGACGACGUUUCGCUUACUGCCGAUGGUGGUGCGACUGUCUUCAACAACAACAAAUCGGAAAUUGAAACUGAGCACAAUCUUAAGUUGUGCACGGAUGGCCAAAGCACUAUUACGCGUCCAACAAACGCUUCAAAAAUAAAUCCGAAUUUCCUAACCUACAAAAAGCCGAAAGACAAACUAACAAAUGUUGCUAAUUUGCCGGAAAUAGUUAGCGCGCCUUCAACGGCUGCAGCAGCUAAUGGCAGCAGUGAGGAGCUUGAAAAUCCACCAGUACCACCUAGCCGGCUACGUUCACGAUCGCGUCCGCGAUAUAUAUCGGGUUUGCAAAAGAUGACUGUCGUGAAAGCAACAUCGGCUGGUGACUUGGAUCGUGCUACAGCACUCGGUAUACGACCACCUACUGCUAGCGUCAGUCAUGCAGCGUUAGAUACCACACAGCACAGUAAUGCAACAGUUGUUGUUGAGUCCGCUAAAUACAGUCGCAACGCGCAACCUUUAAAAACCACAACAACAGCUGAGGUGAAAAGUCCAAUGGGCACAAAAUCGAAGUCCUUCCACAAUUUAUCAAGCAAUUUUGGUUUUAAUGGCGGCACUGGAUUACCCGGGCCGCGCACUAACAGUUUCGGUUUGAAGAAACCAACAGUCUACGAAGGCGCUGGUGCUCCCAAUGAUCGCAUUGCAAAUGGUCUGUCGUCGAACUCUUCACUUUCUCAGCAGGCCGACGAGGCUGUCUUCAAAGUUCCCAAAUUGGUGUCCGGCCUGCGUGCGCCUGGCGUCAAACGUGCCGGCUUAGUGCGUCCUUCCUCCGCUUACUACAGUCUCAACAGUCUAGCCGUUAAGGGUAUGCCACCACUACCGCAACCGCCGUUAGUGAACGACAUCGACUCGGAUGGCGGUCGACAUUCGCCCACCGAUAGCAUGUCUUCAGCUUCGUCACGCGGCAGCAUACAAAAUGGUGGUUUAAUUGUUGGAAAACCGAACAGUACUAAUACUACAGCAACAAAAGCAACUAGUAAUACAACAAAUACAAAUGCCUUGAAUCUGACUAAGUUCACCACUGGCUCAAAGGGCAUACCGAAGCCAUCUGGUUUGCGGCCGCCAACAACAACAAACAUGAAGCGUAGCGGUUUACCGAAACCAGUAACAGGCCUCACACGACGAUAAACUUAACAUUAUUACAUAGCUAUAUACAUUAAAUCGACGUAUUAUAUAUAUAUAUAUGUACUAACUACUAAGCGACACAUACAUACCUACAUAUAUUUGAAAGCGUGUAAAUCAAACGAAAGUAUGUAAAAACAGUUGGCAAUGUUACCACGUAGUUAGAAAAGAAAUGUUAAGCUAACUACGUGCAUUGCUGUAUGCUCUCUAAGUUGCCCCAACGUAUAUUAUAUAUAUUUUCCCGUACUUCCUAGGUGGAACAUGGGGCCUCAACGUAUAUUAUUUUUAUAUAACUAUUUUUUUUUAUUAUGACACCAAAUCGAUACUUGUACUUUAUGUAUUACGGAGAAGACAAAACAAAGCAAACGAAAACACAAAUGUAAUGAACAAAAAUCAUGUAUUGUAUACAUAAUUAUAAAUUUCUGAGAUACGUCAAAUUCGAAUAUUAGCAAUGCAUAUAAUUAAUUAUUUUCCUAAGAGAAAUUAACUAUUUCAAUUAUAUGUAUAUGCCGUUAAUUAAGUUUAGAGCAAAAAAAAAAAACAAUGAAAACCCAAAAACAUAUGUUUCACAAAUCGCAAAUAACUGCAAUUUAACUACAGUGAGAGAAAGAUAGAAAGGGAGAGUGUGUUAUUUGUAAAAAAAUGUCGCGUGUUCGCGCCAUUUACAAAGUUUCUACAUACAUAUGUAUAUUUGUAUAAGAAGUUAUAUCAGGGGAAGGAAUAAGCAAGAAGUAUGCCUUAUUUUUGAAACGGUUACACGAAUGGCUGUUCGAGGCCGUCGUCAGCGUCAUGCAGUCGUCAUGAGCUCAAUGGUAAAAAGAGUUGUCUUCAGUUUAUUACAUUUUGUUAUUGUAAUUUAGACUUGUAGUGUUAUGUGCAUACACACAUGCAUACGUAUGUAUGUAGUUUGUGCACGGGAAGAGGGGGGGUCUAAAAAACAUUAAAAUGAAAACAAUAACUAUUGCUCAUGUUCGAAAUGUACGAAGCAAAAGAGUGUUAUAUUAAAAAAAUACGAAUUUCAUAUUAUAAAAAACACAAAAAACUUGAAAUAAAAACAUAAGUCUUGAAGCCUGAGUUGCUAAAAGUAAAAAACAAAGAUAAAAUUCUGCUCAUUAUUUGUUUAAAAGAAAUUUUGUGGAGAUUUUGUUACAUGCCACAUUAUAAAUUUUUCUUUUUUCACGCAUAACCAUAUACAUUAAUACAUAUACAUACAUACAUUGCAUAAAAAAAUUGAGAAUUAUUAUUGUGCCAAUUUGUACUGCUACAACAACAAACAUUGCAAAUCGGCAAAAGCUGUAUUAUUUAGCAUAACCAUUUGAUGGUAAUACAUAUUUACAAAAAAAAAAGAAAAAUUAAGAGAAAUUGUUUACACUCACACGCUUUCUAGUGGACAUACCAUAUACCACACGAGCACUCGAUUAUUAACGCUCAAAGCUUAUUAUUAUUGCUAUGUGCCGUUGUUUUUGUUUUGUUAAAUGCCAAGGUCAUUUGCUUGUGCGCAAAUUUAUCAGUGACUGCAUAACUACAACAAAAAAGGUUACGUCAAUUCGAUAAGUGGGCCCAUCCGCUGUACACACACAGUCCUACAUAAAUACACAUACACAAACAGCAUGCAUUACAUAGUGUUUA